UUUAUCCAAAAAUAUCGCCAGAUAUCCUUGAACAAAGACGAAGAAACAAGAAGAGAAACGAUCCACCACGGCGAUGUUGCACGUACCCUCUUUCCAGAAUCUUCAUACCCGCCAACCCUUCUUCAGUUUCCAUCAUCACCACCGUCAUGUUCUCCCCAUCACAACCUUCCAUUCCACCGCAUGGGCGCCGAAAUCAACGGUCCCGAUUCACCUCCGCAGAGGGCAUACAAUAAAGUGUAUGGCGAAUCCUCGGAGAGUGAAAAUGGUGGGGAAACAAAUAAUGAGAGAACUUUCGGACAUGCUCUUAACCGACAAAGUGUUGCAGUUUGCUGUCUUGCCCGAAGCUGCCUUAGGAGCCGACCGCUAUCUCUCUUCUCUUACAACUAUCAGUGACGUUGAAGUCUCCGCUGAUUUGCAAGUGGUUAAAGUGUAUGUAUCUGUUUUUGGAGAUGAUAGAGGGAAGGACGUUGCGAUUGCUGGGUUGAAGUCAAAAGCUAAGUAUGUUCGUAGUGAAUUGGGGAGGCGUAUGAAGUUGCGGCUAACUCCUGAGAUACGCUUUAUUGAAGAUGAAUCUUUAGAGAGAGGAAGCAGGGUCAUUGACAUAUUAGAUAGGAUUAAGGCUGAAAAAGAGGUUUCAAAAAGUCAAAAAGGGGAACAGCUUGAAUCAGCUGAUUUGCCUGAAAAUGAGAAAGAUUGGGAAGGUGAUGAUCCUGAUGAAGACAUUAUAUAUGUGGAAUAGCAGUGCGCUUAGUUCCUCAGCAUUUCAAUUGUUAGACUUACAGCAGGACUUUCCCUGUUCUCAGGGUGGUGAUACUAGCCAUAUUGCCAACAUGGACAGAAGCCUUGUCUGCUUGGCGUCAUCGAUGGAAGGAUAGAUUUUGACCAUCUCAAUUCACAAGAAGCUAAUAGAAAAAUUUUCUUGUGUAAUAUACAAGUUAUAAUCGUUUUGUUAGUUCUGAAUACUAGUGUAGGUGAAGUAUUGUGGAAAUUCAGAACACUUGAGAUAUGAUAAUUUGAAAGCGAAUGGAGCUUUCUGUGCAAAGAUUCGGCCAGAUUUUUUAAUUUAA